UACACACCACGGGAAAAACACCAUAAAACGCAAUGGAUUUGAGUGUAAUUCAUAAACAAUACCGAACUGUUCCAUAUGGUUGAGAACCACUGCCCCAGCAACAUCUCCCUUGACCUUGAUCCUCCUCGCUUAAUACCAUUCGGGAGUGUUCCAUCUCGUUUCCGCGCGCGCUCGUGGGCUCCCCUAUUUGGAGAACGCGCAAGUGGAACAACAAUAACAAUCCCUCCAACCCCAACGGCAACAAUAACAAUAAUAAUGAUUCUCCACUGCCGCCCUGCCUGCGACUAAGGCCAUGGUGCAGCGUAAGGUUCGUACAUGUAUAUAGCACACAAAAAUAUUUCGCAAUGUCGUCUUCGCCUCCGCUGCCAGCGAAAAACCUAGGCAAAGGCUCAUUGCCAGUCGGAAAGUCCAACGGAGCGGUCCUGUCCAGGGCGAGAUCCCGACCCUCCGAGGAAGCGAAUCUGGAACAAUCAGAUCCGCACAAUGUGAAUCAGUCCGUGAAGGUGUGUCCCCGGAGGAAGUUUUCAAAUUCGGUCGUGUCUUGCCGAAACGCGAAAAGUGGCGUCAUCAUCAUUGAAUCUCAAAAGUGUGAUGCGACGAACAGCAACCAACCAACCACGACCAUCAACAGUCAGCGUGUCAUCCAGGAAUUGCUGGUAUUAGUGCCUGUUACGAGAAACAUAUCGCAGUAAACAUCGUCGUUAAUCAGCGCGCAGCUGUGAUAUCAUGCCAUGGGUUGCCUCGAUCAACAUGCUCCCAUACACACAAUGGCGAAAACGUCACCCAUCGAAUCCAAGCGAGCAAAGCAACCCACUAACAGAACGUGAACUGGAUGCAGUGAAAAAAGCGGAGAAAGCACCUUGAACUUCGCAUGCCACGACCGAAAAUCGCGAGCAACGAACGAAAACAACAACAAACACACAUGCGAGAGCGUCGUGCUGGCAGCGAAGACCAAAAAAACGAGCAACAAGAAUCCAACGAAAGAAACAUUCAUUUUUGAACUUGAACUUGAACGCAGAGCUGUUGCAGCAGGGCGGGCGGCGGACAGCAGCGACGUUGAUGACGGUGGUGCCCCACUUGCUGGCCCAAGCCCCGACCCAAGCCAUACUGUAUGGCCCAUACACGCGAGCGAACACAACCGCAUCAUCAUCGUCAUCGCAGUCAUCGAAGUGGGUGACGCGAAAGGGGGAAACAGAGUAAGUCAAUAAUCGAUAAAGAUGACUUUUUAUUUUGAGAUGGUGUGAGUGAGUGAAUGAGUGACUCUCGGGAGUGACUUGGGAGGAAAAUAACACACUAGGAAAUGUCGCGUGUAGGAGUGGGUUCUUGAGUUUGCGGUGAGAAGGUGGUGAAAAUGGACGAUGGAGGAGAGGGGGCCUCACCCUAACGCCCACUGAUUGAGGUGAACGCUGUGAGAGGGGUAUGCAAAAUGAAAUAUUUUGAAUUUUUAUGCAUUGUUUGGAUCGUAGGUAGGCAUAUUGCAUUUCACAGCGUGGGAGGAAUUGCUGUAAUCCUGAAUUCGUUUCGGGAGCAAAGUUCUUCUCCGAGUGAUGGAAAAAGGGUUUUUAGGAAAUUAAAUUCCCGGCACAUAUGAACUAUAACAAAUGAAUUUCCGUUUUCUAACUACAUUUAUAGGGUAACGGGAGGUAAUGUUAGCCUUGGAUGUAACUUUGGCUUAUCAUGCAAAUUAUUCAACAAUUCAGCGAUAAUAAAUCGUUUUGUAGAGAGAUAUUUAUCACUGAUUCUUCAAAAAUGGGUAUCAAGCUUAUUUAAUUUACAUUACGCUAGAUUCAUGCACUUCUUCAACUAAUACACGCAAUAAACA